UGUGAUAAACCAAAACCAACUAAUGAAGUUGUUGAAACAUUAUUUGGCUUAUUUGAUCUAGAUGAUACUCAACUCUUACCCGGAACAUUUCAGAGAAAAUUUAAGCAAGGAGUAGUCGUACAUUCACAAGCAAUAAAAAAAGAACAAAUGGAUUUGGAUGUUUUGGUUAAACAAUAUAAUAAUGGAUCAAAUACUAAAAAUGCUAGAAAAUUGAGGAUUUAUAUAACUAAAUUAUUGAUUCAAAUUAAUUAUAUUAUAAAAUUUGCUUCUAUGGGAUUUUUUUGUAAAUCAAAUUAUGAUAAGAAUGAAAUCAAAAAAGGUAUUGAAAUUUUACAAAGAUUAGAAUUUGGAUUAAGAAGUUUGGAAAAUGCUAGAGAACAAAUUAUUGAAAUUGAAAAAGAUAAUUUUGGAAAAAGUAACGGUAAUAUAUUUAAUACGGUAGAUGAAGAGAAACGAUUUAAACAACUAGAAUAUGAUAUUGAACAGUAUAAAGAAAGAUUAGAAAAUAAUAUAAAGAAACUU